AUGGCCAUUUUCACACUUUACACAUUGUCUGAAAACAUGCGUCUAAAAGAUUUAACUGAUAACACAGCUUCAGCACAAGCCUCUGGUGAAUUUGCUUCAUGGUUACUUUCUAUUGGUGAUGGCUUAAUAGGAGAACCUGAUACAGAAGAUCCAUUAAAUACAAGAAUUGUUCACAUACCAUCACGAUUCCUAAUUACGCCAACCGAAGACGCUCUCCAAUCUCUCAUCCGCUUUGUGUAUGAUGAUUCAAUACUUGCUAAUCCAUGUGCUGAAAAUUUGUCAAAUAGAGCAAUUGUGUGCCCAAAGAAUGAUACAGCUGAUCAAAUAAAUAAUAUCAUCUUAAAUAUGAUUCCCGGUGAAAGCAGGACAUACAUCAGUCAUGAUAGCAUGGUACCUCAUAUGCAAAAUGCCGCUGACUGUGAAACUCUAUACCCACAAGAAUACUUGAACGAGCUAAGUUUUCCUAACAUUCCCCCUCAUAAGCUUAAUUUAAAAGUUAAUACUCCUGUUAUCUGCAAAACCAGUGAACACACAUGGAGAUUGAAAAGACGUCCACUUUCAGCUGGAGACUUCACAGACAUCCGUAGAAGAUGA